AUGGAAAUGUCACUGGUUUUCUUUGCUCAUUUGAAUAUGUGUGAGUCAAAAGAGAAAACUUUUUUCAAGCUAAUGCAUGGGUCAGGAAAAGAAGAAACAGGCAUCGAGACCAAAAUCAGAGCUAAAGAGAAAAGAAAUAGACUAAGUCUUCUUCUACAGAGGCCUGACUUCCAUGGGGAGACUCCCACCAGCAGAUCUGCCCUGUUGGCCAAAGAAACAAGAGUCUCCCCUGAAGAAGCAGUAAAAUGGGCUGAAUCAUUUGACAAACUGCUUUCUCACAGAGAUGGACUGGAUGCUUUUACUAGAUUUCUUAAAACUGAAUUCAGUGAGGAAAACAUUGAAUUUUGGGUAGCCUGUGAAGAUUUCAAGAAAUGCAAGGAACCUCAACAAAUCAGCCUGAAAGCCAAAGCAAUAUAUGAGAAAUUCAUUCGGAAUGAUGCUCCAAAAGAGGUUAACCUUGAUUUUCAUACCAAAGAAGUAAUUACUAAGAGCAUCACACAGCCAACUCUCCACAGUUUUGAUGCAGCUCAAAGCAGAGUCUAUCAGCUCAUGGAACAAGACAGUUAUACACGCUUUCUGAAAUCUGAGAUCUAUGUACAUCUGCUAGAAGGAAGACCUCAGAGACCAACAAAUCUUAGGAGACGGUCACGAUCAUUCACCUACAAUGAGUUCCAAGAUGUAAAGUCAGAUGUUGCCAUUUGGUUAUGA